AUGAAGCUCACCGCCAUCAUCGCAUUGGCCUUCGCCUCCCUCUCCGUCAACGCCUACCCCAUCACCGGCGAAACCGUCAACUGCCGCUCCGGCCCAGGCACCAGCUUCUCCAUCAAAAAGACGUACAAGAAAAGCCAGGACGUCUCCGUCACCUGCCAGACCGCCGGCACGAGCGUCAACGGCAACGCCAUCUGGGACAAGACCUCGGACGGCUGCUACGUCGCCGACUACUACGUCAAGACGGGCUCCAGCAGCUACGUGACCAAGAAGUGCGACGACAAACCCGCCCCCAAGCCCCCGAGCGGCGGCGGCGGCGGCUCCAAGAUCCCCGGCCCCAUGACCAACGACUACCCGUACAAGAACCAGUGCGGACCGGAGGACAAGUGGGCGUACUUCAAGUGCCAGUGCACCAGCUUCGUCGCCUGGCGCAUCAACGAGCGCCUGGGCAUCAAGUUCAACAACCAAUACAAGGGCACCAACUGGGGCAACGCGAAUACCUGGGAUGAGGCAGCGCGCCGGACGGGCGUCGUGGUCAACAACAAGCCCGUGCCCGGGUGCGUUGCUCAGUCGAAUGCUGGCAGGGCGGGACAUGUUGCUUGGGUGUCCAAGGUGGAUGGUGAUACGGUUACGAUUGAGGAGUAUAACUGGGCGCAUCCUGAGGGAUACGGCACCCGCACGGUGGCCAAGAGCAGCUUCAACUACAUUCACGUCAAGGUGUAA